AUGAACAAUUACCACAACCUGAUUGUUAUCGGAGACAAGAGUAGCGGAAAGACUCGACUCAUUGACUCUAUUGUUUUUGAUCCUAAUAGAGGAGACUCAGGAGAGCUUCCGAGCGUUCUUCCUCAUCAAGAAUUCUCAUUUCCUUUAAAAAACCAAGAAAUUACUUUCAACUUUAUUGAUACCGAUUCCUCAAAAAGUAUUGAAACAAUAUUUUCCACAGUUCCUCUUCUUAGCUCAGAAUUGAUAAUUUUUGUGAUUGAAACAAACAACGCACAGGCUGUUAAACGAUUUCAUGAAGAAUGGCUUCCUUAUAUUGUGAGAAGUAAAAAGAUGCUCUACAUUAUUCAAUCAAAAGUGGACACUGUUGACACGGUUGAGCCAUUUGAUUGUUCAGAGGUGGAAAAAUAUGUCAGAUUUCAAGGCGUGUUUGAAUAUAGCUCCAAGACGAGAGAAAAUAUUGAAGUUUUGCUUUUUAAUUUAUCGAAAUUAUUUUUCUUCUCUGCGGACUAUUUAUUCAACUUUUCUGAGGAGAGACUAACAAGCCAAUGUCACAAGGCAUUGAGAAGAAUAUUCUGGCUAAUUGAUGAAAAUAACUGUGGAAAGAUUCAAGUUGAGAAUCUAAAAUCGCUGUUGGGAGUUACUGAAGAAGACCAAGUGUCCUUUGACGAAAAUACUAUAGAUUUAGAAUCAUUUCUAGGGUUUAUGGUAACCUUAAUUCUGACCAGACACGAACACUUGGUUUGGAAUUUAGUCCAGAAAUUUAAUUACAACGAGCGAUUGGAUCUCGAUAUUGACGAUUUUAUCUCUGAGGCCUCUCCUGACAUUUCACAUGAAGAUGUCAUUACACUUAGUGAAGAAGGAAAACAAGUCCUUUCUCAUAUUUUCCAUAGAUUUGAUAAAGAUAAUGAUGGACUAUUGAAUGAAGAAGAUAUUGAUGAAGCAUUCAGUUUAACUUCUGUGUGUCCUUUUCAUGAAAUGUCUACAAAUUAUUUUGAUUCAUGUAGAACCGUUGGAGAAAAACAAAUUGACAUUCAUGCGUGGAUUUCCCUAUGGCAAUUGAUUGCUAAUACAAAUUGCUAUAGAUACAUUCAUUGUCUAUUUGAAUGGGGAUACUCUGAAAUUGACAAAUUGAUUGAAAUCAAAAAAAAGAGAUUAUUUAGAAAAAAUUCUUCAGACUACCCAAGCGUUCUUCACUGUUAUGUCUUUGGUGCUUCAAAUUGUGGAAAGACUUCAAUAUUGAGACAUUUCAUUGGAAAGAAACCUCUCAAUGGAGAUAUUCACAUCAAAUCAGUCCAAUACUCUGUAGUUGAUCGUAUUAACCUGCAAAAUAAGGAUUACCAUCUCAUCAUUACAGAAUUUGAAGAUAAGGAAAUACCAGUUGUAUUGAAAUCGGAAGAAAUUAUGGGAAAAUGUGAUGUUGCUCUAUUGCUAUUUGAUGGAAAUGAUAGAUACUCAUUCAGUUUUCUAGAACAUAUCCAAAGAGGGCUGGAUCCAAGCAUUCCAUGUGUUUACAUGCUUACAAAACAUGAUCUUGAAAUUGUCGAGCAGGAAAAUAUGGGAGAUGUUACUCCAAAACAAUUUUGUGAAGCUCUCUCUUUGAUCUGGCCUCCCUAUUUGUGCUCGUUAGUCUCUGCUCAAGGGCUCAACAAUAUCAAGACUCUUUUUUCUGAUUUAUUGGAGGUCGCUUUGAAUCCUGAGGAUUCUGGAUGCCUUCCAAAAUGGUCCAUGUGUGACAUUGAUGAGAUGAACGAUAAUCAAGAUGAUGAUGAUGAAUCCAAUGAUAUUUACAGGAAGGAAUCACUACUUAAGAGAACUCUGAAAGUCGUUGGUGUGGUAUCUGGCUUUGGUUUACUCACAUUUGCAAUGAUCAGAUGGCUCAAAAAAUCUAAGGAUUGA